UUGUGACUGCGGGACCGUAAACAUGGCGGUGAGUCUCCGCGCCCGCUCGCUGAGGCACCUCCGCAUCCGAGGCCGGAACGACAGCGGCGAGGAGAACGUCCCCCUCGAUCUCACCCGAGACCCCUCCGAUAACUUGAGAGAGAUUCUGCAAAAUGUGGCCAAAUUGCAAGGGGUUUCAAAUAUGAGAAAACUUGGCCAUUUGAAUAAUUUUACAAAGCUUCUUUGUAAUGCUGGUCAUACUGAAGAAAAAUUAGGUUUUACUUACGAAGAUAUCAUCAUAUGUUUGCGGUUAGCUUUAUUAAAUGAAGCGAAAGAGGUGCGAGCAGCAGGACUCCGAGCUCUUCGAUAUCUUAUCAGAGACUCCAGUAUUUUACAGAAGGUAUUAAAACUGAAAGUGGAUUACUUAAUAGCCAGAUGCAUAGAUAUACAGCAAAGCAAUGAAGUAGAACGAACACAAGCACUUCGUUUAGUCAGAAAGAUGAUUACAGUCAAUGCUUCAUUAUUUCCCAGUUCAGUUACCAAUUCUUUGAUAGCUGUUGGAAAUGAUGGCCUGCAAGAGAGGGACAGGAUGGUUCGAGCAUGUAUUGCUAUUAUCUGUGAAUUAGCAAUUCAAAAUCCAGAAAUAGUUGCGUUCCGUGGUGGUCUAAGUACCAUUUUGAAAAAUGUGAUAGAUUGUCAGUUAAGCCGUAUAAAUGAAGCUCUCAUAACAACUGUUCUACAUCUUCUUAAUCAUCCAAAUACCCGACAAUAUGUGCGAGCUGAUGUGGAAUUAGAGCGGAUUUUAGCUCCAUACACGGACUUUCACUACAGGCAUAAUCCAGACACUGCAGAAGGACAGCUCAAAGAGGACAGAGAAGCACGGCUUUCUGCUAGUAAAAUGGGAAUUGUGGCAGCAUUUCGAUCAUGGGCAGGUAUAAUUAGUUUGUGUAAGCCUGGGAAUUCUGGGAUCCAAUCUCUUAUUGGGGUGUUAUGUAUACCUAACAUGGAAGUGCGGCGAGGCUUGCUUGAAGUUCUAUAUGAUAUAUUUCGUCUUCCUCUUCCUGUUGUGACAGAAGAAUUUAUAGAAGCACUUCUCAGUGUAGAUCCAAGCCAUUUUCAGGACAGCUGGAGACUUUCUGAUGGCUUUGUAGCUGCAGAAGCUAAAGUUAUAUUACCUCACCGAGCCAGAUCCAGGCCUGACCUCAUGGACAAUUACUUGGCCCUGGUUCUCUCUGCUUUCAUUAGAAAUGGACUCUUAGAAGGUCUAGUUGAAGUAAUCACAAGCAGCAAUGAUCAUAUAUCUGUCAGAGCAACUAUCUUACUGGGGGAACUUUUGCAUAUGGCAAACACCAUUCUUCCACAUUGUCACAGCCAUCAUUUACACUGCUUACCAACUUUAAUGAAUAUGGCAGCUUCUUUUGACAUUGUAAAGGAGAAGAGACUACGAGCCAGUGCUGCACUGAACUGCUUGAAACGCUUUCAUGAAAUGAAGAAAAGAGGACCUAAACCUUACAGUCUUCAUCUAGAUCAUAUUGUCCAGAAAGCUAUGUCAACCCAUCUGCGAAGAGAUCAGUAUCGUGUGCAGAAAGAUAUCUUUAUUCUUAAGGAUACUGAAGAAGCACUAUUAAUGAAUCUGAGAGAUAGCCAAGUUCUUCAUCACAAAGAAAAUCUGGAAUGGAAUUGGAAUCUGAUAGGGACCAUACUUAAGUGGCCAAAUAUUAACUUAAAGACUAACAAGGAUGAACAGUUGCACAGAUUUGUACGGCGGCUGAUGUAUUUUUACAAGCCUAGCAGUAAAUUGUAUGCCAAUCUAGAUCUCGAUUAUGCAAAGUCAAAACAGCUCACAGUUGUUGGUUGUCAAUUUACUGAAUUUCUCCUUGAAUCUGAAGAGGAAGGAAGACAGGAAGGAAAGAAGGAAGGAAGGCAGGUGCAACAAAAGCAGGAUGGGCAUGGCUAUCUUGAAGAGUUAGUAAGAGAUAUUGUGCACUGGCUUAACAUUUCUUCGGGACUGAAACCAGAACGCAGUCUCCAGAACAAUGGUUUACUUAACACACUUAGUCAGCACUACUUCUUAUUUUUUGGUACCCUCUCCUGUCAUCCCCACGGAGUGAAAAUGCUUGAAAAGUGUAAUGUAUUUCAGUGUCUCCUUAAUCUGUGUUCCUUGAAGAACCAAGAUCAUUUACUUAAACUGACAGUUUCUAGUUUAGACUACAGCAGAGAUGGCUUAGCAAGAGUCAUCCUUUCUAAAAUCCUGACAGCAUCAACCGAUAAUUGUAGGUUGUAUGCUACAAAACACCUCCGCGUACUUCUGAGGGCCAAUGUGGAAUUCUUCAGUAAUUGGGGAAUUGAGUUACUUGUCACACAGCUUCAUGACAAAAAUAAAGCUAUUUCUUCUGAAGCACUUGAUAUCCUUGAUGAAGCAUGUGAAGACAAGGCUAAUCUUCAUGCCCUCAUUCAAAUGAAACCAGCACUUUCUCAUCUAGGAGACAAGGGUAUGCUUCUGCUGCUAAGAUUUUUGUCAAUCCCCAAAGGGUUUUCCUAUCUAAAUGAACGAGGCUAUGUAACAAAACAAAUGGAGAAAUGGCAGAAGGAAUACAAUUUAAAAUAUGUUGACUUGAUAGAAGAACAAUUAAAUGAAGCACUUACUACAUACCGCAAACCUGUUGAUGGUGAUAAUUAUGUCCGUCGGAGCAACCAAAGAUUACAGCGGCCCCAUGUCUACUUGCCAGUUCACCUCUAUGGCCAACUAGUACACCACAAAACAGGCUGUCAUUUGUUGGAAGCUCAGAGUAUUGUUCCUGACCUGAGUUACACUGUCCGUUCCCCUAUGUUGGAAAAUUGGGAAGGGAUUAAGCAACUAAAAGCUGCUCUUUGGGCACUGGGAAAUAUUGGAUCUUCAAACUGGGGAUUAAAUUUGCUUCAGGAGGAAAAUGUGAUACCCGAUAUAAUGGCACUUGCCCAGCAUUGUGAGGUCCUAUGUAUUAGAGGGACUUGUGUCUAUGUGCUUGGCCUAAUAGCGAAAACAAAGCAAGGCUGUGAUAUACUGAAGCAUCACAAUUGGGAUGCAGUAAGACACAGUCGAAGGCAACCUUGGCCAGUAGUUCCCGAUGAUGUGGAGCAACUCUGCAAUGAACUCUCUUCUAUUCCCAGCACUCUUAGUUUGAACUCUGAAUCUACCAGUUCAAGACAUAACAGUGAAAGUGAAUCUGCACCAUCAAGCAUGUUCAUCCUGGAAGAUGACCGGAUUGGCAGCACCUCCACUAGCACAUUUUUCUUAAAUAUCUCAGAAGAUGCAGAACAGAAUCUCUAUGACAAUACCGGGCCCGUGAAGGAUAAGGACCGCAAUCCCUUCCCCUUUUUCUCCUCCCGCAGACUUGUCAGGAAUCGCAUCUUGAAUUCUCUUACCCUGCCUAAUAAAAAACUGAGGAGCAGCAGUGAUCCCAAAGGAGGCAAGCUGUCUUCCUUGGAGAACAAGAUGGGCUUAAGGCGAAACCGGACAGUAACAGAACCUUGCAGCAGCAUGGAUUUUACACGAGGAGAUGACUUUACCCCGGUAUUCAAGGUUCCUAAGAUUCACACUCUGAAACUAGAAACUUCAUUUAUUGGGAGCAAGCAUAGUGAAGAUGCAGAUAGUACUCCAAGUAUUGGUGAAAAUGACCUUAAGCUUCCCAAAAGUCUUGGCCAUGAAAAUCAUAGGGAAAACUCCAGCCGAGAGAGACUCAUAGAAGUUUCUACGCAGACUCAUUUCAAAAGUCGUAGUUUAAGUUUCAAUACAGACACGACCACAAGUGGCAUAAGUUCAAUGAGCUCCAGUCCUUCCCGAGAGACUAUGGGAGUGGAUGCUACCAAUAUAGAAACUGACUGUGGGAGCUUAAGUACUGUGGUGAGUACCAAGACCAUUAAAACAAUUCAGUGUUCAACCCCACAAUCUAACCACCUCCCUCUGUCAAAAUCAAAUUCUGUCUCCCUGGUACCACCAGGGUCUUCACACACGCUUCCUCGGAGAGCACAGUCACUAAAAGCUCCUUCCCUCGCUACUAUAAAAAGCCUGGCUGACUAUAAUUUUAGUUACACCAGUUCUCGAGAUGCAUUUGGAUAUGCAACCCUGAAACGCCUGCAACAGCAGAGGAUGCAUCCCUCUCUGUCACAUUCCGAAGCCCUGGCUUCUCCAGCAAAGGAUGUACUCUUCACAGACACAAUCACAAUGAAGUCUGGUAGUCUAGACUCUCGACUAACACCCAAUCGGUUCAUGAGAGCUUUGAGCUACGCAUCAUCCUUAGAUAAAGAAGAUUUAUUAAGCCCUAUAAACCAAAAUACACUGCAGCGUUCUUCUUCUGUUCGUUCCAUGGUGUCUAAUGCUACCUAUGGUAGCUCAGACGAUUACAUUGGACUUGCUCUCCCGGUUGACAUCAAUGAGAUAUUUCAGGUAAAAGAAACCCCCUAUUUCCAGAAGAAAACUAUGAUUUCAUAUGAUGAUCGGGGCACUCGAGUCUUUGCCCAGGAUGCUUCAGGUUUGCCAUGUGAGUCUGCUGAGUUUGUAAAGAGUCCCUUCCAGAUGCUUCGUCAGCAGAUAAGUCUUACGGAGAUUAUGAACACAAGUCGUUCAGAUGCCUCCCAGUUCCUAGAAAACAUGGAAGACACUGGACUCCAAGAACACACUGAAGAUAAUUGUCUCUAUUGUGUUUGUACACACAUCCUCGAAUGUCAACAUAAUAACAAACUGAACUCUGCAUAUAGUCACCUAGAAUUUUCAGACAUUCCUUAUUCAGACUGGUGUGGAAAGGCUAUGCAUAAUCAUUUGGAUGUGGUUUCACAUUCCUCGAAGUUUUCUGGAAUUUCAGGAUGUAGUGAUGCUGUAUCCCAUGGAUCAGCUAGUAGUACCAAGAGUUCUGAUCUCAUCAUAGGCAUGAAAUCAAUCCCAGAUGAUACUCCAGUAUGCCGCAUACUUUUGAGAAAGGAAGUUUUGCGAUUAGUAAUCAACUUGAGUAGCUCAGUAGGAACUAAAGGUCAUGAAACAGGUCUCUUGACAAUUAAAGAGAAGUUUCCCCAAGCAUUUGAUGAUAUAUGCCUUUACUCUGAAGUAUCCUACUUGCUAGCUCACUGCACUUUUCGAUUGCCAUCUAGACGGUUCAUUCAAGAACUCUUUCAAGAUGUACAGUUUUUGCAGAUGCAUGAAGAAGCAGAAGCUAUUUUAGUCUCGCUGUCAAAUCAACAAACAGAUAGCCCAUCAACUGAAUCCUGACCUCUUGUUUUCCAUGAUGUGAUAAAUGUGAAGUUACUAGUAGCGUUCAAUAACACCUAACUGACUGGGCAACCGAGAAGUACCAUCUUCUGAAUUGUUCGAGGAAUUCUGGUACAUAAAAUUGGAUGCUCAGUUGUAGAAUUUUUCUUCGAUGGAACUUGCUUCCAAAGCCAUCUGAGCCCUGAGGGGGGAUUGUUAAAACAGUGAAAGUAACAAGAUAUGCAAGAAGAAUGAAGCACCAGACACUUAUGCAGGUUUUCAUUUCACUUAUUUUUAAAUGCAAUGUCACAAAAAUAGAGGACAAAUUACACGGGACCUGGUUUACAUGGUUGACUUUUGACUUCCGUUUUGGACAGUUGAUGCCUUGCUUGUUUACCCUGGAUUUGAGAGACAUGGUAUCUUAAGCUGUAUCCCAUUGUCAUCAAUGGAGCAUGCUAUAACCAUGACAUCGGGAAUUAAUUAGGGGAUUUCCUUGAUAUAUUUCUUAAUUUUUGUGAACACUACUUGGACAAUUUCUGCUCUCAGAGAAUCUUCAGUAGGUUUGGGAGUAACCUUAACUUAUUUUAUUGUUAUAAUAUUAGCAAUCUGUCCAGUUUUGUUGCAGUUUCAUGUAAUUAUGUUAAACUGAACCAAUUAAUGAAUUUCACUACAGUUUGAGUUUAGAAAAAAAAAACCACCAUUCCCCUCCAUGUAAUGCAUGCAUUGUAAUGGGGUGUUCUACAUUAAUGUUCAUCCAGUAAUUCACUGAAUAUCUAAAGUAGAUCUUCAAAAAUAAUAAUUUAUGUCAAGUAAAAUUAUUGCUUAUUGCUGCUUUUUAUCAAGAAAAAUGCAAAAUAAUAAUUUCACAUUCCAUGGCUUUAAAUUUGCUCCUAAUCAUUUGCUUCAAUCACGCAGACGAAAGAUUAAUGGCAAGAUAAUACCAAUAAUUGUAGUGAAAAGCCUUAAACAUGCAGUGUUGAAGUGCUACAUUGCUAUAAUUCAGAGGUGUCUUUGGUAAAAUUAGCACAAAUUGUGUAAUAAUGAUGGUAUGUAGUUCAAUUAUCUCCAAUCUCUAAUUUAUGCAAGUAUGAGAUUGAAACAAAUUGAAUUGAAAAGUCUCUUUUAGAAUCAAAUGACUUUUUCCUGUACAUACAAAUGUGUAAUUGCUUUGUUUACAAAACCUGUAGCAUUAUUUGGUCAUUUCUUGUGUAUGGAAAUAAUUCAGGUAGACUGUACUGGGAAUAUGUCCAUCAAAGUUUAUUUCCCCUGACAAGUGUGGAAAGAUUUGCUUGUUUAGAUGAAAUUAGCUCAGUUUUACACAUAUAUUUUAACUGAGCCUAAUUAACAUGCAUAUAUAUAUAUAUAUAUGAAUUUGUUCUUAGAGGCAUAUAUACAUUUACAUUUGUUAUGAAAUCUAGCAAUGUCUAGGUUCAGUACAUUGUCAUAUCAAAAUAUGAGUUUGUUCUCCAGUUCUAAAAGAAAGCAAACACCCUCAUUACAGUCAUACUGUUGGCUAAGAAAGAUGAAGCAAGAGUUUAUAUGUAAAUUGAAUCUUCAGGACUAGUAAUCAUAGUUGAAGUAAAAUCUCAGAGUUGAAGAGCCAGGAGAUAGUUCGUUACACAUAAAACUGAAAACAAGUUUUUUUCCCUGCCAUCCUGAAAUGGCCAGGUAAGACAUCUGAAGAUUAAGGCAUUAGAUCACUUUUUUUAAAAAAAAAUCUCCUUGCAAGAAUUAGGCACCAAUCCCCGAAUCCUUAGAAUAAACCUGAGAUUCUCUUCCUGCCAUUUUGGCCGGAACUAUAUUAACUGAUCCACAAAUUUAAGUACUGCUGUAUGGGAUACUUUCCAGGAUAGCAUUUUUCUAGAGAAAUAGAAAACUGAAUGAAGAUACUGGCCUGAACAAGAGAGUCAGUUCACUCUGAUCCAUAUCUAUAAUUCCCAAAAGAAAGUUACCUCUAAGAUAUGUGACUUACGCUAAUUCAUAUUCUAGCUUCUAACUUAUCUCAACAACAAGUUAUUCAAUAGCUAAGAACCCACAAACCAGAUAAAGGCAUUCUAAGAAUAUGGGACACAGUUAUUAUGGAUGAAGCAUUUUCUUCCUCUUCCUAAGACCUUUUAAGGAAAUACAUGCCUUCUACCUCCAAGCAGAAGUUUACAUUACCUCAUUAUACUGCUUUGAACAUUCUAGGUGGGAGAUACGUCAGAAUAAUUGAGUCAGUCUAAUUCUCUUUAAGAUAUUGGAGUAUGUUACUUUGGUACAUAGACAAUGCAGUAUGGAUAACCUAGAGAACUGUCAUAAGGAGUUUUACCAUUCAUGGCCAGAGCUGAAGAAUCUUAAGGAGAGUUAAUAAUGUUUUGCUGUUACAUUUCUAGACAUGAAAUUUGAGUGUCUAUUGAGAAUAUUCUUAUUAUUUCUCUACUUUAGUGACCAUUUAGAAACUGAGCAACUGAGAAAAGGAGCACUUGGAGAAAUUUCAAAUAUUUCAUUCUCAGGUUUGAAAUAUCUCUUUAAAUACAGUAUUUUAAGUUGGUGGGGUUUUUAUUUUAUUUUUUGUAGUUUCUGUUCUUUCAGGUUUUUAGUUUAGAGACCGCAAGAGGGAAUGGGGUACUCUCUGCUUCCUGUCCAUGUGGUUUUUGUUUCUGAACCAUGGAAUAAAGUUUAUGUUAGGAGCAGAUAUAAUCCAGAGAGAAGUGUGUGCCACUGAGUAGAUUUCAGCAUCUUCUCCUCUCAUGACAGUUUGCCAAAAUUGCAUUACAAUAAUUUAUUGAACAUCUGGAGAGCCAUGAAGUUAGAGUAGUUCCCAGAUUUCUAUAAGAACCUCCUGAGGAAAAAAUAGAGGGAGGGGAAGAAAUGGGUCAGGAAAAAUUAAAGGAAGGGCUUCAGCUCGUUCAUUAGGGUUCAUUAAUAAUUUUCCAUCAAUAUUCAGAGAUGCUUUGCUCAUAAAUGAAACUCCUGUGAUAACACUCCUGUGCAGAACCAAAAUGGCAGCCACAGUGUAGACCAAAUGGUGGUGUAAAUUCCAAAGGAUUCAUACAAUACUUCCAGUAAAAAAAAGCAAAUAGUUGAUUGUACAUAGUAGUUAUGAAUGCUACCUCAAUAAUGAUGGAGUAUUAAGAUCUAUAGAUCGAUAACUCUUAAAUGAAAUUAAUUCAUUUAUUCUGUGUUUUGCAUAUUUGAUUUCAAGGCAAAAGUAGAUGAAAAAGUUUUCUUUAAAACAAUGAUAUUUCAGUUUUCAACUAUAGUUGUUACUGAAAAAACAGGGAAAAUUAGUUACUGAAAAAACAGGGAAAAUUUAGUUACAGGGAAAAUUAAAAAGUAAAUUCAGCUAAAUGUACUAAUAUAUCCACUUAGAUAAUAAUACAUAGGUAUACAUAACUUUUUGACAUUUAAAAAAAAUAGAAUUUUGGCUUCUGUUCAGAAUACUGCCCAAGAUCAAUUGACCUUAGCUGUAUGGGCAACAGCAUCAUCAAAAAUUAAGUGAAUUUGGGUCUUUGCAUUAAAAUACAAAUAGAUGGUAGCUGUAGUAUCUGAACCAAUAUUGCAUCUAUAUGAUGUUAUACUUAUUUUGUUAAUUAAUUGGCUGUAACAGAACAUACCUGGAAUCUGGGUAGAAAUUCAUGUAUUAUGAAUUCGUUUUACUUAUUGUCACAUGAUCAGUCAUUGACUUCUUACAUUAAUGAACAUAUAUUUAUACCCAUAAAGCUACAUACAGAUCAACAGCUUUUGCAAUUGGCAAGUAGAAUGAAAAGGUUUAUGGAGCCCCAUUUGAUUGCCAUUGGGUGAUGGGUUGCUUUCAGCUUAAGUACUUUUCUGAAGCAAUUUCUCCUUGAUCACCAAACCCAAAAUUUGGAGUAAAUACAGAAGAACAUGGAAGAAGUCUACACUUGCAUUAUAGAUUACAAAUAUGAUGGGAAUGGUAUCAGGGCUGUACAUGCUGUAAAAUAUUUUGGCAGAAGCAUUUGUAAGCAUCACGCAAGGUAGCAGCCAUGUUUUUUUCAAACUUCUGCUUUAAAAGUUAACAUUAAAGCAGCAGCAGCUCUUUUUUUUAAGACUCUCAGAGAAGUUUUAAUUAAGAACUGGGAAGUGUAUGGGAUUCACAGCACUUUUUUGGAAUUAAUUUUCAAAUGAUACACAACCCUGAUAUCCUUGUCAUUUUGAAAGGCUUGGAUUGAUGGCAUAAUCCAAAAAUGCUGUAGAAAAAAAAUCCUAUCUAAAUGCUCUUUCUCAUUACUGAAAGGAUGAAAUAAUUUGGAAAGACAUUUAAUGCUUGUGACUGCUUUGGAAUGGACCCUCAUAGCAUGUUGCUAUGUUUUGCUAUGUUUCUCUCCACCCACUUCACUCAGCCACUGGCAAUUAUUUGUACCUGGGAUAUUUAAAGAGGCCUUCUUGGAGUAUUUAUGUAUGGCGGGAGGAGAAUGAAAGAGAUAACAAGUUAUGAAUGGCAAAGCAUAACUGUUAUUUUCUAUCUUCCUUAUGAUGCAUUCCAAGGGAGAAAGGAUAAGCAAGUGUGAAUAAUCAAACUUGCAAUUGAUUUUUCACAUUCAGCAUCUCCAUCUCCUGUGAUACAGAUCCCGAAGUACCUUGAUUUUAAUAUAAGCUUACAAAACAAGCAUAGAAUUGAAUCUUGUCUUUGUUCAUGUCAAAGCACCCAAUUUCUACUAACUCCCUUCUCCCACUGCAACUUUUCAUAUAAUUCCCAAGAUUCCUUCAGAUCACAGAUUGUGGAGGAGUCACAAAAGCUCUAUUUUUAUGUUCCACUCACAGAAUAAUCCUAGGCCCCAUUUUAUAACGACAGCAAGGUCAAGAACCUAAAGACAUCACAUAAAUAAAAGAUAGAUUUAGAUAUUAAUCUGUGGGGACAUAAAAUGCGUAUGUUGGCCUCUAAUAUUUGUCAAGUAAAAGCUAUUUGCAAGCACACAUGGGGUCAUUUCAUCUGUACCCAUACAUUUUGGAACCAAUUGCAUUUAAGUUGUUGCCUGAAAAGCACCAUUAGGAACUUACUUUACUAAAUAGGUUCUAGUAACUAUUGUGAAUCAACAAAAAAUGCUCUCCAGAUAUGACGUAAUUAGAAUUAGCCACACAGCUCAAUAGGCUUCCUGAACUUGAUCAUCCUCAAUAAUAGUGGACAGAAUCCCUUUAUCCCCUACCCUCGUGUGCAAUAGUUGGAAGCAUUGGGUUACAGUUUGUAUCAUGGAAAGAUUAUACAUAGUAUAAAAGUGAUAUAGGAUACUAAACAAAGCCUUUGCAAAGUUAAUAACCAGUUUAUAACAUGAACAUUAAUUUCAGAUAGACGAGGCAUAAUCUAACCAACGACAGCAUUUCUAAGGUUAGGAAUGCUUAAGUUGAAUCUUGCCUUGAAUAUGUUAAUAAUUCUUUCUGUAUAAUCAAGGGAAAAUAAAAUGUCCCUUGAAUAAUCUCUGUUGCAAUAAUCAUAAUUAUCCUUUGAUUUUGUGUGUGUGUGUGUGUGUGUUUUGCCAUUUUGAAUGAGGUAAUGUGACACUGAAAAAGGAUAAGGUCCCCCCCCCCAUUAAUAUACCUUGGAAGCUACACAGCUUGGAGGUAUAAUAAUAAUCAUCUGUUUCUAAUACAUAUCCAUGUUAGAAAUUAUCUAGCAAUGAUAGCCUUAUUUUGAUUUUUUUUAGAACUUUAGUGAGGAUUACUGUAUAUUCUUAAAACUCCAGAUUUGCUACACGUUUUGUUAACUUUUUACUUUCAGAAAAAAGUAAAGAAUGUGGUUUUCCUUAGGACUAUUUUUGUAAAAUAGCUGGAUAGCAAUGCUACAGCAUGCAGAAAGUGCACUUUUUUUUGCCUGACUUGCUUGUAAAAUAGACACUAUUUAAUUUGAGGGGAAAUAUAAUUUAUGCCAAAAAGAAAACGGUAUCUUGCUGCCAUUUUGCGACUGCGUAGGUUAGAGUAGCACAGAAUGCAAGAACUGGGAGAGGGGGAAACUAUUUGUAAAUAUGAUUAUUGUGAAAAAUGGGAAAAUACUCUUCAGAUAAUAAAUGCCAAUAACCCAAAUGAUGCCUGGGUUGGAAAUUAUGUAAAUUAGUCAUUUGGAGUGGGUGGGGGGAGAGAUUAUGAAAAGACUCAUUUUCCCCAUCCCGUAUGGUCAAUUUUCCAUAUAAGUUAACAAGCUGCUACAUAUUUGGAGGUUCUAUUGUUUGUAGGUCAUUGAAUGAACUUUGAAAUCUGAUUUAUAUUAUAUACCUGUAACAUAGAAAGAAAGAAAAAGUAUUUAUAUAUUUUCUGUAUGACAAUUUCAUGAGCUGUGUAUAAUUUUAAAAAGGCUUUGUCCCAAAAAGGUUCGGCUCACCUUGAUUCUUUUUUGUUGUUUUCAUUGGUUUUGAAAUUGUUUUGUUUUGUAUAGUGUGUACAGUUCAUGUCUAUGGAUAUUACAAGCCUCCUAAAGCAUUAUCUUCCUAUCAAAGGGAUACAUUGUUAAUAAAAUGAACUUUAAACACCUUA